AUGGCGUCAAGUUCAUUUCAGAAACAAGGCAAGCGAAAGGAUAUGGCAGAUGAUUCAAUUUCUUUCGAGACUUCAAAGCGACAUCGGGGGGAUUAUCGCAAUUCUCGGGAGGCGUCACCAAUCGUGAGGGACGGGCAGGAUGAUCGUCGAAAAUAUAUUGAUCGAAGAGAGCCCGGCAAGCAACCAAGUAGGCCCCAGAUACGUGAUUCAAAUACAUUCGGCGGCGCACAGCCAGGGCAGGAUGACCAUGCCUAUGCUGCAGGACGCUCCACAUCGAAGCCAUUUCGUUCUCGCGAUCUAGACCUUCCCUCCGCCAACGAGCUUAAAAACAAAAUUCGCGACACCAAGCGCCUUUUAAAACGUGGCGAUCAUCUUCCAGCCGACGUCAGAAUAGAGAAAGAAAGGGCGCUGGUGGGAUAUGAAAGGGAUUUGGAAAUUGUCGAGUCUCGAAAGAAUCGGGCAGCAAUGAUUAAGAGAUAUCAUUUUGUUAGAUUUUUGGAACGAAAAGCAGCGACCAGGCGACUGAACAAACUGCUGAAACAGAAAAAGACACUCACAGAAUCGAAUCCAAACCUGGAUAAAAAAGAGCUGGAUUUCGUCGAAGAACAGAUAUACGUCACCCAGGUGGAUCUCAACUACGCCAUAUACUCCCCCUUGACAGAGAAAUAUAUAUCUCUAUACCCGAACCAGCGUCGCGACAAAAAGACUCCCGAACCGGACCCCGAGGACUCCAAUAUCAUCCGCAAUAAUUCCGGCGAGAAGCCACCGCUGUGGUAUACAGUCGAGCAGAGUAUGAAAGAUGGCACGCUCGAACUGCUGCGGGACGGGAAACUCGGGAUUGGCAUUUCCGGGCAAAAGACAUCGAAUAACGGACCGAUAGCGGUGCUAGGACGUAAGAAUAAUGAGACCGUUAGUGGAUCAUCAGUGGCCACGGAAGGGGAUAGCAAGCAGCAGGGAAGAAAGAAGGAUAAGGAAAAGCAACACGAUGUGAAGAAGAGUAAGGAGCAAGAGGGCUCGAAGAAUUCGGGACCGAGAAGGCGUGAUGUGCAUAUGGAUGACCAGAAUAACGAGGACGGUGAUGAUGACAGUGAUGGCGGGUUUUUUGAAGAAUAA